AUGGAAUACAACACAAUAGGCAUAUUGUUACCAGUGGGGAAAGCAGCUUGGCUCGACAGUGGCUCGUCUCUCAGCGCGCACCUCGGUCCCGACAGUGGCUCGUCUCUCAGCGCGCACCUCGGUCCCGACAGUGGCUCGUCUCUCAGCGCGCACCUCGGUCCCGACAGUGGCUCGUCUCUCAGCGCGCACCUCGCUCCCGACAGUGGCUCGUCUCUCAGCGCGCACCUCGGUCCCGACAGUGGCUCGUCUCUCAGCGCGCACCUCGGUCCCGACAGUGGCUCGUCUCUCAGCGCGCACCUCGGUCCCGACAGUGGCUCGUCUCUCAGCGCGCACCUCGCUCCCGACAGUGGCUCGUCUCUCAGCGCGCACCUCGGUCCCGACAGUGGCUCGUCUCUCAGCGCGCACCUCGGUCCCGACAGUGGCUCGUCUCUCAGCGCGCACCUCGGUCCCGACAGUGGCUCGUCUCUCAGCGCGCACCUCGGUCCCGACAGUGGCUCGUCUCUCAGCGCGCACCUCGGUCCCGACAGUGGCUCGUCUCUCAGCGCGCACCUCGGUCCCGACAGUGGCUCGUCUCUCAGCGCGCACCUCGGUCCCGACAGUGGCUCGUCUCUCAGCGCGCACCUCGGUCCCGACAGUGGCUCGUCUCUCAGCGCGCACCUCGGUCCCGACAGUGGCUCGUCUCUCAGCGCGCACCUCGGUCCCGACAGUGGCUCGUCUCUCAGCGCGCACCUCGGUCCCGACAGUGGCUCGUCUCUCAGCGCGCACCUCGGUCCCGACAGUGGCUCGUCUCUCAGCGCGCACCUCGGUCCCGACAGUGGCUCGUCUCUCAGCGCGCACCUCGGUCCCGACAGUGGCUCGUCUCUCAGCGCGCACCUCGGUCCCGACAGUGGCUCGUCUCUCAGCGCGCACCUCGGUCCCGACAGUGGCUCGUCUCUCAGCGCGCACCUCGGUCCCGACAGUGGCUCGUCUCUCAGCGCGCACCUCGGUCCCGACAGUGGCUCGUCUCUCAGCGCGCACCUCGGUCCCGACAGUGGCUCGUCUCUCAGCGCGCACCUCGGUCCCGACAGUGGCUCGUCUCUCAGCGCGCACCUCGGUCCCGACAGUGGCUCGUCUCUCAGCGCGCACCUCGGUCCCGACAGUGGCUCGUCUCUCAGCGCGCACCUCGGUCCCGACAGUGGCUCGUCUCUCAGCGCGCACCUCGGUCCCGACAGUGGCUCGUCUCUCAGCGCGCACCUCGCUCCCGACAGUGGCUCGUCUCUCAGCGCGCACCUCGGUCCCGACAGUGGCUCGUCUCUCAGCGCGCACCUCGCUCCCGACAGUGGCUCGUCUCUCAGCGCGCACCUCGGUCCCGACAGUGGCUCGUCUCUCAGCGCGCACCUCGGUCCCGACAGUGGCUCGUCUCUCAGCGCGCACCUCGGUCCCGACAGUGGCUCGUCUCUCAGCGCGCACCUCGGUCCCGACAGUGGCUCGUCUCUCAGCGCGCACCUCGGUCCCGACAGUGGCUCGUCUCUCAGCGCGCACCUCGGUCCCGACAGUGGCUCGUCUCUCAGCGCGCACCUCGGUCCCGACAGUGGCUCGUCUCUCAGCGCGCACCUCGGUCCCAACAGUGGCUCGUCUCUCAGCGCGCACCUCGGUCCCGACACGCUGCCUCGCGCUGUUCACUCGUCCGCGCUGCGACACCGUCCCCGAUGCACCAGUUCUCGAUGA